AUGGCCUCUCUAGGCGACCUCAGCGCUGCUUUGACCAGCAUUAGGCCGGCGAAUACUAAUGCGCUUUUGAACGCGACCGUUGAGUUGAACAUUUUUACCAAACGGUUUGUCCAGCCGCCACCCGAGUAUGCUAGUAUAGGACAGCAUCUAGCACCUGGUUGGUUACAGGAGGCACAGAAUGGCAAUCGCCACUCAAUCGCUAGGAAAUUGGGACUGCUCUUCAAAGGGAGAGAAGUCCUGCCUUCGACGCUGGAACUCAUCAAGGCCUAUGGCUCGCGUGCAUCAGAGAUUGCCGGCAACUCCGUUGCCAACCCCCAGGGGAGCGAAACUCACGGCGCCUUUGCUGACAUGAUAGGAGCUGACGCCACCACCUUGUGGGCUGCGGCUACGUCGGGUCGGGCUGCGAUACAAUGCCAUCUGCUAGCCUGCCUUCUGGCCAGGAUAUGGACCUAUUCCGAGGCGACAUCGAUAUGGGUCGAGCUUGUUACUAGACGUAAGGAGGCACUGAGAAGGCAGCUAGCGGAAGAAGGGGAGCUUGAUCAAGAGGUACUUCUUGCAACCGGCGAAGAGCUGUCAAGAGAGCAUCUUAGAGACUGGGACGCCAGUGCGAGAGCCUGGCUCCGAGUGGCCGACUUGGUAAUGGCGAAGCAGCAGCGCAGCUUCGACUCAUCGUCGACAAUCUGGACAAAUCUGUCAACACACGAAACCCGACACUCAGCCAAGGUGAUAUUCUGCUCGGUCUUGUGUCUUGGCAUCUACCCGGAUAUGAAGUACCUCUCGGCGAAAGAGCAGAAUAUCAAUCAGCGCGAUCCCCUUUUCAAAGACCGAGGAAUCCUGUCACUCGGCCUCGGACCCUCUCCCCGAAUGGUCAAAGAGCGACGCUCUAUCUAUUGGGCGCUCCCCCUCGCCCACCUGCGGUACUAUGGGAGGCUUCCGGUCACCAAGAUGCGUUCAUUCAGAACCUCUGAACAGGACAGAAUAACAGUGGACGAGAUGCUCUUGGCAAUGAUCUCAGCGUACCUUCUUCCCUGGGACGAUGGCUCUGUUUCAACAGAAGAGGUUCUGCAGUUUGCCAGCAAUAGUGCGAUGGAGCUACAUCGAGCUUGGCACUCCAAUAUCCAGCAGCGGGCCACCGGCCACCAUAAGCCCCAGUCGGAGACAGUCAGACCCAAUGGCUUUCACCCCGGCUCGUGGCUAACGAUGUUAUCCCGGAUUUGUGUUCAGUACAAAACCCGCCUUCAUGACCAGCGGGUGCGCAAGAUCCAAAAUAUGGGCCGGCAUUUCUGCACGGCUUUCCAAGGCAUCCCGUUUCAGAACAUUCUCAACGUGUCGACUUACCUACAGGCUGCCCGCAGUCAAGAGAACAAGAUCGGAUUACUACGACAUAUAGCCGCAGCACUCUCAGCACAGACGCCAGGAAGGUUGAAGUACUUCGAGGGGUUCGAAUAUGCGACGGCAUUGCCAGAGCCCAAUAGUUCCAACGCCGAGUCCUCGCCGCCCGGUAUGGUCCGCUCUUCACCAAGGCAUGAGAGAUGGCUAGCAUUCGACCCUUUCGACAUAGGUGAACAUGCCAUCACUAGCGGGCUUUUCGGUAACAAGCAAGACUUGGGCGGAUUGAGACUCACAAAGGCUCAACGGUUCAUUCUUACGGUGCUGGAGGGCGAAGGAAUUCAAGAAACAAUAUCGGCCAAUACGAAGGCCAACAGCACUUUGAGUAACCGUCUUGACCGCAUCGAACAGCUGGGUGAGCAAGCCUUGUACCCUAGCGCAUCGUCGCCUUAUUUCGAGCGGCACGAGAGCGUCGAGGAGUCAUACCUCCACAGAGAUGUCCCAGGGUACUCCGGUGACGUAGUCAUCGUGCACAACCACUCGACACGCGAUGGUCGACGGAGACGCGAUGGCGAGAGUCAUAUACCAGGGUUUGUUCCCGCAAUAUCCAUCGUGAUGAAGACUAGACUAGGGGUCUCGCGGUCAGUGGUGAAUUACGACGUGGUACACGGAGAUCUCGACAGCAUUGCGCUCCUGUGUCGUUCGGCCCGCGGCCCACAACUCAUGGAGCUAUUCAAGGCAGACUCGAUCGACUUCGGCCGAUGUGCCAAGGAGCUAAUGCUUGACGCGUCUCACAAUGCCAGCUUCCUCGGGAUGACCUUCGUUGAACAGCUUUACCAGAGUAUGGCUGGAGCUACCAUCGACGUUCGUGCGGUUCAGAUGGACCUGGGGAAGGCUCUAUGGCUAGAGGCGGCUAUCGAAAGCGCAGGAUCGAAACACACAUUGCCUGCCGUGGUUCAUGCCACAAGAUCCAUACCACGCAUCGAGCUUCGUGGCGUGGACGUCGCUACAUGUUUCGCCUGCAUCGCCAUGAUGGAAUCGGGGAGCUACAACGUGAGCCCAGCCGAGCUUCAGAACGUAUUCGCCCUCUGUGCCGCAGAAUCUCUAUAUGUCGCAUCGACGCUGCUCAGGGAUCCGGCUGCCGAUGCCGCGCUGCCGAAGGUCCAGCGAUUUACUGGCAACAUAGGCAAAGCCGGCAUGGUGUUUAUGGUACCUCCGAAGCAGCCCGAAAUCAGGUCUUACGAUCGGAUCGACGAGUGGUACCAGUACGACCACGCCGAAUUCAACGGCAUGAUGGGUAGUUGCUUCGAGGGCACCAGCCUACACCUAUCCUUCUCCGAGGCGUCACAGGCGGUCAAUGUCGAUUUCUCGGGCGGUCGGGACACCGAGGCCUACUUCCUCGAGACUCUGGUAUCCGUCCAUGAUAAGGGGACGUGGAUCGCCGAGCUCGACGUCUUGGGCACCAUGCAGAGCGCUGGCCUCAUCCGGCGGUUCAUCGGGUACAGCGCCUGCGAAUGUAGCAGUAAGACGGCGGCCCCGGCGUCGAGCCUGAAGAUCAUAUCCAUCCCCAACUUUGCCGAGAUGAUCGUGCCGCCGAGGCAGCCCGGCAUUAUUCGGGCCCGCGAAAACUGGCAGGCCAGGCUGGCGGCCACCUCGCUGUGUCUUGCGAAAGGCUACAAGGUCCUUUUGAAGCCGGAGCAGAUAUGCUGGGGAUGUUUCUCGACGAAGUCGGUUGAUGGUGUGACGAUUCAUUCGGUCGUCCGGCAGCAAGGCGGUGUGGUUGCUGUUCUGUAG